AUGGCGUCCAUCAACAACCUCCUCCGCCCAGCAUAUCACUCAGCGCGAAGCCUCGCACCCGGAACUCGGACCUUCGCAACCACCACUCACCGCAGGCAAACGAUCCCCUUCGAAGUCACAGGCAAAGGCAAAGGGGUCGCGCAAAUCGUGCAAGUGAAAAACUCCCACCACGAAAUCAAAGCAGACGCCUACCCAGCUUUCGGCGGGCAAGACGCCGCCCCCUCGCCCCUGCACUACAACCUCACCUCCCUCUCGACCUGCACGCAAGUGACAGGGUCGCUGGUGGCGAAGGGUCUCGGGAUUGACUUGAAAGGGUGGAAUGUGAGUGUUGAUGGGCGGCUGGAUCCGGGGGUGUUGGUGGAGGGGGUGGAGGGGAAUGCGAAUUGGAGGUCGAUUGAGUUGAGGGUGGAGGUUGUUGCUGAUGUGGAGGAGGGGGUGUUUAGGAAAUUUGCGAGUGAGACGGAGAGGAGGUGUCCGGUUACGCAGUUGUUUAAGCGGAGUGGGGUGGAGUGGAAGAGUGAGUGGACGAAGAAGUAG